AUGAAGGUUAUGUCGUUAUCCAGUAUGAUUUUGGAUGCUGCUCCAAGCUUCGUGGAUUACUUCGAGAGUUCUCUUGUUCAACGUGUCAGCGAAUACAUCUACAAACCUAAACUUUCCGUUGAUUAUAUACCGCUUAAUUGGACAAACACCAAUGGUGAGUCACUGAACAACAUCCUCAAGCUUUCAACCAACUGGAAAGUACUUAAAUUGCCAGAUUUAAUUGAAAAAAUGUACUCCAUUGUAAAGCUACAAUAUGCUGAUAUGAGAUGUGCACUUCAUGGGCAUGGCAAUUAUCAAGUUAUACCAACACUGAAGUCAUUUGUGCUGUCAAAUGUCGCAUGGUGUCAAAAGAAUGAAGAGGGGAAAUCAAAACACUUUCAAAGAUUUAUAUCAGUGUCAACAUCCAAAAAAGAAAAAGUUGUAACAUCGACUGAUGGUGAACUACAGAUUCCUGCUGCCCCUUCAAUCGCCAGAAAACCAGGGCAAAGAAAACGUGUUC